UAUAUCUUAGCUUUAUUGAUGACAGGUAGAGGGCGCACGUAAUGCAAAACAAAAUGGCGGCCUCCAUGAAGAUUUCGUGAAGCUUUUGGUAGAAGUGUUUCUCCCUCUUUCCUUAGAAAUAAUUCUGGAAUUAUGAGUAAAAGUAGUACAUUAAGAGCACUAGAGAUAACACUUGCAAUAAUUAAACCGAACGUUGUGGUUCACCCUCACCGACUUCAGGAAGUGAAACAGUUGAUACUGAACAACAACUUUUACUUUGUGCGUUCACUAGAAAAGAGGUUGCCAAGCAGCAUUGUGGAGAGGUUUUACGCAGAGCACAAAGGCCGGUUUUUCUACAACCGUCUCGUUGGCUUCAUGUCCAGUGGGCCAGUCAGUGUCCACAUUUUGGCUGGAGAGGAUGCAGUAAUCAGGUGGAGACAGCUCAUGGGACCGACCAAAACGUUCAGGGCAAUACAUGAAGCACCGGAUUCUAUGAGGGCACGCUUUGGGCUAACGGACACAAGAAAUGCCACUCAUGGCUCAGACUCUGCAGAGACAGCCAGGAAGGAGACAUCCUUCUUUUUCCCCGACUUCGAUGUGGAAGAUUGGUACCAGAACCAGGAACCUUGGUUCCGGAAAGGGCAGGUCACGUUCUGUGAACGGAGAACCCUGCAUUAUGUCGACAGAAUAAGUCACGACUACAGAUGACAUUGCAUCAAUACCAAUAAGGUAACAAUUUGACACAUUUUUUUUCACGCGAUCACAGGUGAACACCACAUCAUUUAUUAAUUUGUAAUCCAAUAGAUAAGUAAGCACAGUGUCCUUUUUAAUAACACACCAAGUUUGAAAAUCAAUAUAUGUGUUUUCAUAAAGACAAAGCAAGAGUUGUUUUUUCCCAGACAUUGUGACAAACCUAUCUACAAAUACUAGAGUUGAAUUUUUAUGAGGCCCAGCUCCUUCAAGCUCGAGCACUGUUCCAAAAUGAUCAUUUAUAGGGUGACCCUCCCUCCCCCCCGGAAAUUGUGCCCCAGUCAUGCCCCAGUCAAUUCGUUGGAAUCACACUUGAACAAUACAACAGAGAACCUAAUUAUAAAGUUGCUGCGUAUCGGAAUACCCAACAGUGUCCACUUGUUACAAACAUUAAAAGUGUAAUGUCAUAGCAUUAAGAGACUCACCUGUCAUGUUUUUGUAAUCAAUAAAUAAUUCGAUCACAGAGGUUAAAUUUAAGAUCAUAUUCACGAGUUAAAUAUGCAGUUGAAAAGAAAAUGCAUAAGACGAUUCGAUCAGUGACUUGACAUUACAUCGUGUCGAUACCAAACUGUAAACCCUUCAGUGAGAGAACACUGGUUUAAUUGUGCACAUAUUUUAGCGUUUACCUGGAAUAUUAACCACAGCAUCUUCCAGCGUGCCGUGGGCCAUUUGGAGAAUUCUUGUCCAUUAAAGAGUCAGCUUGUUGAUAUUAAUAAUAAUGUGUUGGGCAUUUCAGAUAUUGUAAGAGAUGCAAUAGUGACCAUGGUGAAUUCAGUAUGUUGUAGGAGAUUGUGCUAUCUUUCUAAGUACUGGCAAUUGGGAUAAUUAUCGUUCUUGAAGUAAUGAACAUGUUGAGCCGAAAAAUCCUACAAGAAUAGGACUACAUAAUAUUCAACACAAAUUAGUACAUAAAAUACAUAAAUGUCAUCCAAUUUGGAUGUACAACACGACGUUUUUACCAAGGUACACCCUUUCUGUAGAUCGGCAGUGUGGUAUCACUCAGUCAGAAACUGUCACUUUUCAACGUUUGGUAAUAAAAAGAAAGUUACAACUUGAUCGCAAACACAACUCAACACUUGAGUAUUUAACAUUAAAAAAAAUGAUAAUUUAAUUAGACACGACGUUUUUAGAUCGGCUGUGACAAUGUUUCUUUUGAAAUGCACUUCCAAUAAUGAAUAGCCGCGUUGUAAUACAGUAAUAUCAUAAGCAGUGUUUUAUAAUUUACCAGAAAUGGUAUACCUGUAAACCAUUAAACCGGUAAACUAUACCGAAAAUAUAGAGUG